UGAGAACCUUCUCCCUUGUAUGUGGCAGCUUUUUUUCUCCAUAAUGUUUCUGUAAUUUUUCACAAUUGCAGCUGCUGAGAUGGAUUUAAAAUCAGAAGCCACCGACACUGUGCUGGAACAGGAGCGGAUCCUCAACAUAAGGAGUUACUCACAGCAUGGAAUGGAUAAAGAGCAUUGCACCUCAAGUCCUUUUAAAACCACACAAAUCAAAACUACACAUGCAGGUUCAAACUGUGAGGAGUCCUUCCAUGCCUUGGACAACAACCAGGGACAAUACACUGAUGACCUGCAGGUGUCAUUGCCAGGGUUUAACUACCAGGAACCCAGGAGCAAUAGGCAUCAUGGCUCAGAUGAGGCUGUACCUGAAAGUACUUCAGAUCGAAACAGGAAGCUUUUGUUGGGACCAUCCAACCAAUUACAAGUUCCCUCUCAACAUGACCACUCCCAUUCCAUAAUGGCGGAAUCACCUGAUGACCAACAAAAGUUCAUGAAUGUGAUAUUCCAUGGCCAGCGUGGACGCAUAGAGGACCAGCGCUGUUCUUUGGAUCCUAAUAAUGAAAUGUUCUUCAGUCUUUUGGCCGACACUCAGAGUGAUCGUCUUGACGACCAGCGGGUGUUUCUUCCCUCAUUACCAGGAUUAGAGAAUGUAAAUGCCACAUCUGUUGCAGGAGGAGAUUCUAGCCACUUGUGUUACAUGGUCUCUAAAGUCCAGGAUACCAGACUGGAGGACCAAAGGUGUGCACUACCUCAAAUCCCAACCCUGGAGACCCAGUGUUCAACACAAAAGGAUAAGGCUGCAUCUGGAUUGGUCCCUCCAAGCUCAGCCUCCUUCAGCCCCAUCCCAUACACAGAGGAAUCAAAAACUGAAGAUACAGCAUAUCAAAAGGAGGUCUUGACUGCAGAUGAAGAUGUUGAUUUUUCUACUCAUUGCCAGCAUGAGCAAUUGGAUCAACAGCGAUGUGUCUUACAUGUUAGUCCCCAGUCCACACCUAAGCACAGACCCAGUCAGACCACCACACCCAAAGAUUCUGAAAAGUUCUUCAACCUGCUGGCUGACUUUCAGGGCCAACGGCUUGAUGACCAACGGGUUUUUCUUCCUUCUUUGCCAGGAAUACAGAAUGGAGGUACCACAUCAGCAUCAACUGCUGCAGAGAUGGAUGCCAGCUACUUAUGUUACAUGGUCUCUAAAGUCCAGGGCUCAAGGAUAGAUGAACAGAGAUGUUCUGCACCCCAUAUCUUCCAGAGUCUAGGUACCCCUUCAGCUCAGUGUAAAGACAGAUCUAAUAAACUUCCUUGGAGGUCUGCCUCCCUAAACCGUGUCAAAACCGACCGACAUUGGCAGGUAGCUCCAGCAGAACAGGAGCUGUUCCUCAAAAUGAUAAGUCAUGCACAAAGAGGACGCAUGGAAGAGCAACGUUGCUUCUUACAACCAAGCAGAAGUACACCUGCCACACCCACACACAAUGGAAGCACUGUACUCCCAGGUGCAGAAGCCGAUGCAUUCUUCAAAAUGAUUGCCUCCAGUCAGGCACGACGGCUAGACGAUCAGCGUGUCUCACUUCCUAACCUGCCAGGGAUAAGUGGGGAUUCUGAAGCAAAAGAACAUGACAGAAAUAUAAACGCUGAAAUCCCAGCCUCCUCACCACACAUCUCUGUGGCUGAAGAUGCACCAACAACACCACAGGACUGUUCCAGACCUACCUCUCAGCCUCAAAUGGCUUAUGCAGAAUCUGCAUCCCCCAGAGUGCUACCCAAAUCUGCUUCAUUUACUCCUGAGACAGAGCAUCAGAAGAAGCUUCAUUCCCUUGUUCAGGUGACAGUGAAUGUGUCUAUGAGUUUCAUACCACAGCAGGCACAGGAGACUGUUGUUCAACCAUGUACCUUUCCAGAGCUUUCACUUACUCUGGGAGCCCCUGGAGACAGCUUUGUGGUUCCUCUGAGUCCAGUGCCUGGAAGACCCCUCUCCGUCAACUUAUAUCUUGUCCCAGGAGAAGAUAUUAAGUCCAGGCAGUGCUCUCCAAGCCGUGGAAAUCCUAGGAAAGCCCCCUCCAGAAUGUCAUCGCCCAAAACAGGCACAACCAGUAAAACACAUUUUGUAACUUUGUGCCCACAGGAAGAGGGGAGACUUGUGACUGGUCCUAACAGUCCAGACAAAGACUGCUUCUCUCUGAUGGAUAAGAAUCAUACAGCCCAGGUGCAGAAUGAUAUGGCUCAAGGAGGGCAGAACAAGGAAAGGGCCUUGUGGAAAGGUGAGGGAAAAGGCAGAGCAAGGAAAAGAGAGGAAAAAGAAAAGAAAAAGAAAGACAGGAAGAAUGGUGGCAAUAAACAAUAGUCACUAUGCCGCACGGUAAAUUAUGUACUGAUGAAAACUAUAGAGAUGAAAUGAGAGGUGUCACUUAUUGGCUUAGAAAAUCAUCAGUUGAACAAUGUUUAUAAAAUUGUAUUUAUAGUUUUGCUGGAAUAAAGCUCAAAUGUAUUCUGUUUCCAUUUUCAGCAGUGGGUAGGGUAUUAGUCGAACUGUCUAUCUAUUUUCUUUGCUAAUUAAACGCUCCAUAUAUAGAUGCAUUAUACACCUGUGGUAUAUGUGAGCACUCGUUGUUUUGCAUUUUCAAAUGUAACUGAAAUGUAGUUGAUAAAUGAUAAUAAUGCUUUAGCUGCUUUUGUGGAGGGAGAAAAUGUGGGUAUGUUGUAAUUAAAUCCAUGGCUCUGGUAAACUGUGAAACUG